AGGAGGAACAGUUCCAGAUCCAAGUCAUGACACUCAUCACCCUAGGGUUUAGUUAUUUAUAUCAUGGGAAAAUGUCCUGAGCAACAAGGCAGAGCAUCAUGAAGAGGCUGUUGGGCACUGUGCUGGGGCUUUUGUGCACCCAGGUUUGCUGUGUGAGAGGGGCGCAGGUGGAGCAGAGCCCCCCAGCCCUGAGUCUCCAGGAGGGAGCCAGUUCAACGCUGCGGUGCAAUUUUUCCAUCUCUGUGAAGAAUGUGCAGUGGUUUCGCCAACAUCCUGGGGGCCGGCUCAUCGACCUGUUUUACAUUCCUUCAGGGGAAAAGCAGAGUGGAAGAUUAAACGCUAUGACAGUCAUGAAAGAACGACGCAGCUCAUUGUAUAUUUCCUCUUCCCAGACCACAAACUCAGCCAUUUAUUUCUGUGCUGUGAAGCCACAGUGUUUCACAGGCACCUGCAACCUGUACAAAAACCCUCAGCUGGGCUCAGCUUCUUCUCCAACCGUAAUCACAUCACAAGACCAACACACAGUAUUUGCACAGCUUAAUAUUCCUAACCCACAUUGGUCGGGUUUUAACCACAGACACUUUUUGGCCCUACAGCAAGAAAAAAGUGACCAGCAGCAGGUGAAACAGAGCCCUCAAUCUCUGAUCAUCCAGGAAGGAGAGAUUUCAAUUCUGAACUGCACUUAUGAGAACAGUGCAUUUGACUACUUCCCAUGGUACCGGCAAUACCCCGGUGAAGGCCCUGCAUUCCUGAUAGCCAUACAUUCAAUUGUGAGUACAAAGGAAGAUGGAAGAUGCACAGUUUCCUUCAAUAAAAGUACCAAACAGUUCUCAUUGACCAUCACGGCUUCCCAGCCUGGAGACUCCGCCACCUACUUCUGUGCAGCAAGUGCACAGUGCUCUGCAGGCACCUGCAGCCUGUACCCAAACCUGCAGCUGAGGCUCCAGCCAAACCCUGCCGUGUAG